AUGCCUGCUUCCAUGAUAGUUCGACGCAUUGGCGGUUCGAGUUUCCCUGCUAUUGGUUUUGGAUCUAUGGGGAUUGGCGGCAAGACAUAUGGGAACUUUGUUUCCUCCGAGAAUGAACCCAGGUUUAAGGUGUUGGACCGACUACUCGAGCUUGGGUGUACUCAUUGGGAUACCUCCAAUAUAUACGGUGACUCUGAAGAGUUGAUCGGCAAUUGGUUUAAACGUACAGGAAAACGUGAUCAGAUCUUCUUAGCAACAAAAAAAUUAGGUGUCGAUGUCAUUGAUUUAUACUACAUACACCGCAUCGAUCCAAAGACGCCAAUCGAAGUGACCAUGAAUUUCCUAGCAGAGCUAGUCAAGGCUGGAAAAAUUCGCUACAUCGGGCUUUCCCAACCUUCACCCGCAACACUCCGCCGCGCUCACAAGGUCCACCCAAUCGCUGCUAUUCAAGUCGAGUAUUCGCCGUUUGAGCGUUCAAUAGAGAAACAAGGACACCUUCUGGAAACAGCGCGAGAGCUUGGAAUUGCUAUUGUAGCCUAUUCUCCCUUGGGCAAAGGUUUGAUCACAGGACAAAUCACUUCUCACAGUGAAUUUUCGGAUAGUGACCUCCGAAAGCAAAUCCCGAAAUAUUCUCAGGAAAACUUCCCGAAAAUUCUGAAGUUAGUUGAUGCGUUCAAGCAGAUCGGGAAGGCCCAUAACGCAACUUCGGGUCAAGUGGCUCUUGCAUACUUGCUCGAGCAAGGGGACGAUAUUAUUCCCAUCCCAGGGUCGCAGCGCAUUGAGUACAUCGAGGAAAAUAUCGGUGCCGGUCAGAUCAAACUGACUACUGAAGAAAUUCAGACGCUGAGGAAGUUGGUGGACGAGACAGAAGUUAUCGGUGCUCAAUAUCCUCCUGUGUUUCAAGCAAUGCUGUAUGCUGAUACGCCCGAGUUGCCUUGA